AUGCAUCUUUUAAGUGCCAAGGACGAAAAGGAGAAGAAAAAUGAGGCUUUGGCCACGGCUAUUCUUAAGGAUAAAGUGAAGCCGAACCGGCUUAUUGUUGAUCAGAGUGACAAGGAUGACAACUCCAUAAUCGCUCUCAGCCAAGCGAAGAUGGACGAGCUCGCACUGUUUCGUGGCGAUACAGUUGUGCUCAAGGGAAAGAAAAGGAAGGAAACGGUAGCUAUUGUUCUUGCCGACGAUAAUUGUCCCAACGAUAAAAUCCGAAUGAAUCGCGUUGUUCGUCAUAAUUUACGUGUACGUCUAGGAGAUGUCGUAAGUGUAACAGCAGCUCCAAACAUAGGGUAUGGCAGGCGCGUUCAUGUUCUUCCAAUCGACGAUACUGUUGAAGGACUAACAGGAAACCUUUUCGAGGUCUUCCUGAAGCCGUACUUCGUAGAAGCAUACCGACCUCUUCAUAAAGGUGAUAUAUUCACAGUCCAAGCUGCCAUGCGUACCGUCGAAUUCAAGGUAGUCGAGACUGAUCCAUCUCCAUCAUGCAUUGUCGCUCCUGAUACUGUCAUACAUUAUGAAGGAGAAGCUAUCAAACGUGAAGAAGAGGAGGAAAACAUGAAUGACGUCGGAUAUGACGAUAUCGGCGGAGUUCGCAAACAACUGGCGCAAAUAAAAGAAAUGGUCGAACUUCCACUUCGUCACCCUCAACUAUUCAAAGCAAUUGGAAUCAAGCCGCCUCGCGGAAUCUUGCUGUUCGGUCCUCCGGGAACGGGUAAAACUCUUAUAGCCAGAGCAGUCGCCAAUGAGACUGGAGCGUUUUUCUUCCUGCUAAACGGGCCAGAAAUUAUGUCGAAACUUGCUGGAGAAUCGGAAUCGAAUUUGCGUAAGGCUUUCGAAGAGUGCGAGAAGAACUCGCCAGCAAUUCUCUUUAUUGACGAGAUUGAUGCCAUUGCUCCAAAACGCGAGAAGACUCAUGGAGAGGUGGAGCGCCGUAUAGUCUCCCAAUUACUUACUCUUAUGGACGGUUUGAAGCAGAGAUCUCAUGUCGUGGUUAUCGCAGCCACAAACAGGCCCAAUUCAAUUGAUGCUGCUUUGAGACGAUUCGGGCGUUUCGACAGAGAAAUCGAUAUCGGUAUUCCUGAUGCGGUCGGACGCCUUGAGGUACUUCGUAUACACACGAAAAACAUGAAGCUUGCCGAUGACGUUGAUUUGGAGCAGAUCGCAAAUGAAUGCCACGGUUACGUCGGUGCUGAUCUUGCAUCACUGUGCUCGGAAGCUGCUCUGCAACAAAUUCGUGAGAAGAUGGAUCUAAUAGAUCUUGAAGACGAUACAAUCGACGCUGAAGUGCUCAACUCUUUGGCAGUGUCCAUGGAGAACUUCCGAUUUGCCAUGGGCAAGUCAUCUCCAUCGGCACUGCGUGAAACGGUAGUGGAGACUCCGAACACCACAUGGGAAGAUAUCGGAGGACUUCAAAAUGUCAAGCGUGAGCUCCAAGAGCUGGUUCAGUAUCCUGUUGAGCAUCCUGAAAAGUACCUAAAGUUCGGUAUGCAACCAUCACGAGGUGUGCUCUUCUACGGGCCUCCCGGUUGCGGUAAGACCUUGCUUGCCAAGGCUAUCGCACAUGAAUGCCAAGCCAACUUCAUUUCUAUCAAGGGACCUGAACUUUUGACGAUGUGGUUUGGAGAGUCAGAGGCUAACGUUCGUGACGUGUUCGACAAAGCUCGAGCUGCUGCUCCAUGUGUGCUAUUUUUCGACGAGUUGGAUUCGAUCGCGAAAGCUCGUGGAGGGACUGCUGGAGAUGCUGGCGGAGCUGCUGAUCGUGUCAUUAAUCAAAUCCUUACUGAAAUGGACGGUAUGAAUUCGAAAAAGAAUGUUUUCAUCAUCGGAGCAACGAACAGACCGGAUAUUAUUGACUCUGCAAUUCUACGUCCUGGGCGUCUCGAUCAGUUGAUCUACAUCCCACUUCCGGAUGAAGCUUCUCGUCUUCAAAUUUUCAAGGCCCAACUCCGUAAGACUCCGGUGGCCAAAGAUGUUGACAUGACGUUCCUAUCAAAAAGUACUGUGGGAUUCUCCGGUGCUGAUCUUACUGAGAUCUGUCAGCGUGCAUGCAAACUUGCAAUUCGUGAGUCAAUCGAAAAGGAAAUUCGUAUGGAGAAGGAAAGGCAAGAACGCAGACAACGUGGAGAAGAGCUCAUGGAAGAUGAAACUUACGAUCCAGUACCUGAAAUUACUCGUGCACACUUCGAGGAAGCCAUGAAAUUCGCUAGACGAUCCGUUUCGGAUAAUGACAUUCGAAAGUAA